AUGUCAAUCACACAUCUGGUUCUCUUCCAAUUCAAAGCUGACACGAGCCCCAAAGUCAUCAGCGAGACAUGCACGCGAAUGCUCGACUUAAAGGACAAUUGUAUUCAUCCCACGUCGCAAAAACCAUAUAUUCUGGCUGCAUCGGGUGGACAGGAUAACUCUCCAGAGGGCAUCCAAAAUGGAAUCACCCACGCUUUUGUGGUGCAGUUUGCCACGGCGGAAGAUCGCGAUUAUUACGUGAAGCAAGAUCCGGCUCAUCAGGCUUUCAUUAAGAGUUUGGAUGGGAUUGUGGAGAAGGCGCAGGUGGUGGAUUUUACGGAUCGUGUUUAUUGA